UCUUUUCCAUAAAUAGCUACUGCUUGGUAGCCAUUCUUGACAUAAUUAUCCAAUAUUCUAUAGGGAAAUAGCGGCAAUAGUCAUUACUCAUUAGUCAAUAACAGUCAAUAAUCAAUAUAGUGAAAUGUGAAUGAUAGUAAAUGUAAAUCAACCUUUAAUUCCCAACAUGCAACAGCAACAAGUUUACAGCUGUUUAACAUUUUUUUUGUUGACAUUGACUCCACGAGAUUGCACGAGAUCUCUUCAAAAAUGAAUAGUGAAAAGACAUUUCAACAAAAAUAUAGUGAAAGCUCACCUGAAAUGUGCCGUAACCCUACUCAAAAAAGAAAAAAUUAUUUGGAUUGGGAUGAAUAUUUUAUGGCACUAGUUUUUUUAUCUGCUCAGAGAAGCAAAGAUCCUUGCACUCAAGUUGGAGCUUGUAUUGUUGAUAAUGAAAAAAGAAUUGUUGCUGUUGGUUAUAAUGGAAUGCCAAGAGGCUGUGAUGACGAUGUUUUUCCUUGGGGAAAAAGCGGGACGAAACUCGAAAAUAAACACUUGUAUGUUUGUCAUGCUGAGGUAAAUGCAAUAUUAAAUAAAAAUUCUCACGACGUGAAAAAUUGUACCUUAUAUGUUGGACUUUUCCCGUGCAAUGAGUGUGCUAAAAUGAUUAUUCAAUCAGGUAUUAAAACUGUCAUUUACAUGUCUGAUAAACAUGCACAUAAAAUUUCAACUAUAGCAGCCAAAAGAAUGUUUGAAGCAGCAAAUAUCGAAAUCCGUCAAUAUAUCCCUAAAAAAAAGGAAAUAACAAUUAACUUUGAUGAUAUCAAUUGGAAUAAUCAAAAUCAAAUGCCAGCAACUCCUUCGAAAGAUGAUUUGUGUUCAAAUCCUAGUGAGCAACCGCGUCUACGACCUUCCUAGGUAAACUGAACUUUAUUUUGAGUUUUUUCUCAGGUAUUUUUCAUAUAAGACAAUAAAUAUGACGCUGUCAACAACAAUCUUUUAUACUUGUAUAUAUUUUUUAUAUUGAUAUUAAAUUAUUGAGGUACAUUCUUAGCUAGAUUUUGUGGGCGUGUCCUAAAUAAAAUCUUAUACUUUUCACAUUACAGAUUUUGUUGUUAACCAUUUAUUGUUUCCAUUAUUGAUCAAUAUUAUGCAAUAUAUUCAAAUAAAAACCAAUUAUAUAUUGAUAAAAAAAAUUAUUCUACAAUAUUUAUUCAUUUCAAUAUUGUGCACAAAAUUUUUUUUUGUUAGUGUGCAUCACUGAUUUGCAUUCAUUAUCAAGUUUAUUAUUUAUAUCAAAUUAAUAUUAAUAUUCACUACUCAUCUCAAUUUUAUAUAGUUAAUAAAAACAUUUUUAAUAAUAUUUUUAUCAUUACUUGCAUUAUGAUGCUUCACUAUUUUGUAAUCAAUUUUUUUUUAUGAAACUUUAAAUUUUCCCGCUCUUACAAUAUUUCCCAGUUAUGGCUCCUCAUUAGAAAAUCAGUAAAAGUUUUUACUACAUAUUUUCAAUUAUUACUCAAAAAUUAGUACUAUAAUCCCAUGUGAACCAGAUACCAAAAAAUUCAUUAUCAUUUUUUCUAUUAUCUAUCAGUUUUUCAAUAAAAUUUUAUAUUUAGAAAUGUCAUUUAGUUAUGAUCAAAGAAAUCUCGUACAUCCCCUCCCAUAAGAGCCCACGUUUAACUUCUCUAAAAGUAGCCAACUUUAAUUAAUUAUUAUACAAAAAAAAAAGUCUAUAACAUAAUAUAUUAUUUCACGAAAAGAUUCAUCAGUAUUUCAAUUAAAUACUGUAUAAAUUUAGAGAAAUUCUGAUAUUUGGAAGGUAGCUAAGAACUAACCUAGGUACGUUCCAAAAAUCACUCGAAAGCCCGGAAGUGCAAGAUUGUGAUCAUAGAAAAUUUUUGAUAUUUUGUUGUGGUAGACAUGAUUUUUUUCAUGAAUUUUACAGGCACUUAUCUGCACUUAUCAAUAAAAUAUUGUUCAAUUAUAGAAAUACUUUUUACAACUAUAAUGAGUAACAAAAACAAAUGGCAUAUGCAAUAUGACUGUUUUUGAAGUUUACAAUAUUUACCGUAACCUCUAGUAACUUUUCAGUUUAUUUUAUCUCUAUAUUUUUCUGUCUACUGCGCCGCUUCCGGGCUUCCGAAUGAUUUUUGGAACGUACUCCCUAUUAGGUGCUUCCUUUCAGUAGGUGCUUUCUUUUGCGUGUUUAUUUUUUUUCCUAUUUAUUUUUGAGCAUGCGUAGUUAAAUGCGCACUUAGCAAAAACUCAGUUUGCAACAGCGUAGUACAUGAGGAAAACCACCGAAAGAGAGCACCUACUUAUCAGGUGCGUUCUUUCGUCAUUUUAUUUUUGGCGCAUCAUGACCGUGCAUUUGCGCAAAAGCUGAAAAAGCACGUGAUUUUUUAAGUGCUUGUAAGUAGGUGCUUUCUUUUGUGUAUUUAUUUUUUUUCCUAUUUAUUGUCGCGCAGGCGCAGUUGAAUGUGCAGUCAGCAAAAAGUCACUUUGCAACAGCGUAGGACAUGAAGGGCUGGAUUAGCCAUAUUUUAAUUCUUAUUUUUUAAGAAUUAUUUGUUCGACGCCACUGUUUCGAGUUGGUUUUUGAAACGUCCGGUUUCCGAGUGAUUUUUGAAACGUCCCCUAUUGAAUACAACCAACUUUUUUUUUUUUUUGCGGUGUUUCACGAUUUACACAUUUUUUUUAACUAUUGAAUAAAUGUUUAAAAAAAUAAAAAGUUGAUCAAUUAUAUUUCAGGGAUUAAUAAUAUUAGGUUAUUAUACAAUAAUUUUUUCAAAAAAUUAUUGUUUUAUCAAAAAAUAAAAAAUUCAUCUUUUUAAGGUUGGCAAUGGCUCUCGGACCAAUGUAUUAAACAUAGGCUUUAUCCCCUCUCCUAUACCCCAAAAUUUGGCCGAGGUAAUCCCUUAAUUGAUCUUUCUAUUUGUUGAUGAUUAAUUUAGUAGUUAAGGUUGUUUGUAAAAGACAUCGUCGAACCAAUAUUUGUAGUUUGAGGGGCCUGUAUAUCGUAACGCUAUAUCUCAUGCCCGGGUACCCAAAAUUUUGUUGCGCUUCUGUCUCGAAAACCGGCUUUUAAGUGUGUCCGUGCAUAUACAGACAGACACUAACACUACUGCUAGCAAGCAAGUACAGUACACAGCUACAUUAUAUGCUUGUGUGUGUCACGUCUGUGCGCAUCACUUGCCGCGAGAAAGCAAAUAUUUUUUUUUUUUAAACUUGAAUAACUUUUAAAAUUCGUGGCAAACAUAACUUAUAUUUUCAAAUUAUAUUCGUUUUUUUCUUAUCUACAAUUUGAUAGAAAAAAAAAAGUUUUCGAGUAGACAACGAAUCUACUAUAUGCUGUUUAAGAAAAAAAAAAUUAUUUCGCACUAUUCUCGUGUAUAAAAGUUGUCAACUUUGACAUUCAUUAUCUAUAAAAAGCCGAGGCAAAAAAAAUUGAAAUAAAUUGUCAAGAUAGAUAAUUAUUUCAUUUAAAAAAUAAGCCUAAUUAAAAAAAAAUCGAGUAGAAACUCAAAUAUUUACAAACAACCUUAAUGCAAUGAAUUUUGUUCUUUUUCAAUACACAAUUUCAUCGAUUUCGUAAAAAAUUUAAAAAAAAAAAAAAUGCAUUAAAUUAAUUAUGAACAAAAUUAGACAAUUGUGUACAUUUGACCGUUGAUUGUGCUAUGUAUUUUUAUUUCUUAUUUUCUCAGCAUUUAUUGAUAUCAGUUGAUAUAGAUAAUAUGGAUGUAAAAAAAAAAAACACUAAAAAAACGCGCGUGGAAUAACGUGAUCCCACCUAAGAAGUCUACGUUACCAACAUGGUCUCAAGUUGUAUUCAAAAGUUUCAAAUUAUUUCAAAUUGUAAAUAAAAAAUUUUGAAAUGUUAAAAAUAAUUACGAACAAAGAAAUUGUUCUGUAACUUAUAGUCAGCUAUAAAAAGUGAAACCAAAUGUAUUAUCAAACUACAUCAAAUAACUUUACUGCGAAACUAUUUGUUCAAUUCCAUCUUCUUGUAUUUAUUUCAAUUUAUUUUUCAUUUUUAAUUAAUAUACUGAAUGGUUAAUCGAAUACAUGAAAAUAUUUAUUAUUCUUGAAGUAUAAUAUUUCUUUUUUAUUUUCGACAAAUCUUUAGAAAUAUUCGUGUCUGUUUGGGUAAAUAAAUUAAUCAAUUUAUUUUUGUAAAUGAUUAUUUAUCGAAAAAAUAUAUCGUCAAUAAAAUGAAUGUCUUCUCAUUAUUAAAAAAAUAUAUUGUUAACAAGAUAAUAAAUUAUUGUUAUGUACAAGAAUUUACCUUAGUCGCAAGUUUGUAAGUAUCAACAAUAAAUGACACGUUUAUCAAAAAAAAAUAUAAAAUGAUUUUUAAAGCCACGGAAUAAAAAAUACUCCAAUUCCAACAAACCAAGUUGCUCCUGAAAUUGAUUUACAUGAUCUUGUUAGAUUUCUAAUUUUAUACUAUAUAAAAAAGUUACGAAAUAUCUAACCAUGUGAUAUUUUUUAAGCCAUUCGAAUAUUAUCAAGCCUGUAAUUACAAAUGUACGAUUAAAGAUAAAAAUAAUUGUUUCAUACAUAAAAUUAUUUGAGAAAGUAUAUUUAUUUUUAAACUUUGUUUUACAAAAAUAUUAACAUUGACAUUUGAAUUUUUAUGAUUUCAAGUAAUAUAUAGAAAACAAGUAAUAAUAAUAAUAUUCUAUUAAAAAAUAUAACAAUUAUAAAAAAGGAUACGCGAGAAUAAAAUCGACAUAUAAUAUAUAUUUUUGUAAUUAACUUAAUUAUUUUUAAUAAAUUAAAAUUGUGCGUUUUUAAGAAUAAAUUAUAGAAAAAUAUUACCCGUAAAUCGAAGAGGAAUGUAUAAGAUAAAUUUAUUUAUAAAUAUUCAACAACCAACCAUUGAGAUUUAGUUAUUGACUGAGAAGCUUCCACUAUUACUGGAUUAGAUAUUUUGAUGUGUAAAAUGACACCAUUUGUACGAUUUUUAGUUACCUGAUCAGCAUCAGUAAUCAAUUCAAUUGUAAUUUUAUCUAUACGGCAGACAUCAAUGACUUCAAGAUUUGGAUUAUUUUUUAUAAAUUGAAUAAUACCAGCAUUAGUAAGUUUCUUGCAACCAUCACAAUGCAAUUCUUUUAAUCCUUUUAAUUUGAUAAUGAAGCUGUCCGUGAUUAUAUCAAGAAAGCUAACGUUUAGUUUUUGUAAAUUUUCCAAGUUUGUUAAAGCAACGAGAGCUGGUUCAGUAACAGCUUUGCAACCUUGGAUUUCUAAAAUGUUUAGGUAUUUACAAUUAUUGGCAAUAGCAAUAAUUGUACUAUCUUCGAGAUUUUUUGCCACACACAAUUUUAGAUGCUCAAGAUAUUGCAAUUUCGAUAUCUCAUCAAGAAUAGAUGGAGAAGAAAGUGGGUCCCCAUCAAUAGAUGGUACGAUAGUGCAAUAAGGAAUUUCUAAACGUUUAAGUUUUUUACAAUUGUUUGCAAUUGAAAUGAUUGAUUCCUCACUAAGUUUAAUGUAAACAAGCAAUAUGAGACAUUCAAGAUUUUCCAACUCUGUUAAUUUUUUUAAAGCAGUUUUAUUCAUAAUGCAAUCAAGAUUAUUUAUUCUCAAGUAUUUCAAAUUCUUGCAAUAUUCAACAAUUGUAUUUGCCAAGUCAGGCGUUAUCUGACAAGAAAUACCAAGAUAUUCUAAGUUUUGGAAGUUUAUCCAUUUUUCCAAAGGAAUUCUAGCUACAGCAUAGGAACCAUAUGAAAUAUCAAAAUGUUUUAGAUUUUUGCAUGUACAAAAAAUAGUAUUAAGUACUUUUGUCGAGAGACUAUUCAAAUACAUACUCCCAGUCGGACCCCUUGUUAGGUCAAUAUAUUCCAAAUUAACGAGUUUAUUAAAUAGAGAAAGCUCUUUGUGUGAAUCAUGUAGUUGGAUGUUAAGAUGAACAAGUGUUGUUUUUUCCUCUAUCUCUUGAAGAAUUAUGUCGUCUAAACGGAAGCCAUGUAAGGUCAGUUUUUGCAGAUUUUUAAAUUUUA